AUGUGCUGUGGCGGAGAUCCCACGGCCCCGAGGCCUACCACCCGUACACACUCGCUUACGCCAAGUAUCAGCUCAUGCACGUCAGAUCAGAAGCUACGACAAGACAACGUUAUCCGCAACAUGGGUUGGGACAAGAAGGGCUUCUCGGAAAAGAGACAGAGAUCUAUGGCGCAAAUCUUCCUCAAUGAGAUCCAAAAGGCCAAGGAUCGCGGCGAGUGGUAG